AUGGCAAUCUUACGAUGGCAAUACCUUUUGAUCUUUCUGGCCUACUUCUCCAUUACCCAUGCGGCCACCCCCACAUCCUUCUGCAAGUGUACCUGUUACAGCAAUAGCACCAUCAUCCCGCUGGACGAUACCAAGCCGGGCGCAGACGGUACCGCGGCAAUUGGUCGGACCUGCAAUGACUGCAACAAGCAGUUCUGCCUGGAUUACCACCUUCCUAUCUGCCAAGGAGCUACCGAGGACGACGUCUUCACUACAUGCUUUCAGCGCGACAGCAGGAAGGACGAAGCUGUCGUCUUCAUCUUCAUCUUCGCCACGGGCGGACUGCUCAUCUGGGCCGCAAUCAAGCCUUGGGUAGAGAAGUGGAGAGAGAACGCCGGAGCGGGCGGAAGCACAAGAUACGCUCCCGUUGGAAGCGACGAGAGAGGUACUGGACGGUAA